AUGCUCACCCUAACAUUUCUGUCCAUUUGUCGCUGUCUAAGUGUCGCCAAACCUUUGUGGUUUAGACAUAAGCUCGGGACAAAAAAGGUCUCUGUUUUAUUUCUCUCAAUCAGUGCAGCAUUUUGUAUAGCAACAAGUGUUCCCAUCUUAGCUCUGAUGGGGAUAAUACCGCUCUAUGAUGCCAGGAUCAACACCACAAGACCUUCGUUGUGGAUUUCACCAGAAAGGAAGUGGGUGACGUAUAUCGUCUGGCCAGUUAGAGGAUCCUUGCUUCCACUUAUUGUUCAGGUUAUUCUAAUCAUUACUUCUGUGGUAAUGACUACAUUCCUUAAAAAAGCCUUGCAAUUUCGUCAGAAACACAAGAAAAUCAAUAACCAAGAAACCGACGACAAAACAAUGACAAACGAGAAGAACAAGUUAAGUGGCAAGGAACUUCAGAUCAUGAAACAAAUGAUUAUCCUGUCUGUGCUGUUUAUCGUCAGCUGUACACCAAAGAUGAUGUUCAACGCUGCUGUGGCUAUAUACCCCGAGUUCUCGAUCAAUGGAAGGUAUGGAAGACUGUACGAGACAGUCAAAGCAAUACGAGAUACUUUUCAAAUGCUGUAUUCGUGUUCCAAUGUUUUCAUCUACUACACUUACAAUUCCAAGUUCAGAAAAGUGUUUAAAAGAAAAUGGGCGAGAAUUUUUUAG